AUGGACACACUGCCAGUGGAAGUAAAAUCCUGCGCAAAGCUUCUAAAAUCUCUCGACAAGCUAGAGGAUUGCCACAAGGUCCACGCGAAGAUCCUCGAGCACAGCCUCUUUUCUCGCAACACCUUUCUCUCCAACACCACCCUCGAGGCCUACGCUCGAUGCGGGGGCUUGGCCGAGGCGCUCCACCUCUUCCACUCGAUCCAUCGCCCCAAUCUCUUCUCCUGGGGCCUCGUGAUCCGGGCUUGCAUCGGCCACGAUCGCCUCCCUCUCGCUCGCAAGUUCUUCGAUGGAUCGCCCCAGCGCGGCCUGGUGCUGUGGACGACGAUGGUGGCGGCGUAUGCCCAGGCUGGGGAUCCCGCGGCAGCGCAGGAGCUCUUCGAAUCCAUGCCCGAGUGGGACGUGAUCUCCUCCACGGUGAUGAUCACGGCCUGCGAGCUGCCAAGAGCGCGAGAGAUCUUCGCCGACAUGCCCGAGAGGAACUUGGUCUCCUGGACAGCGAUGGCGGUAGCGUAUGCCCGGAGAGGGCAUCUGGAAGAAGCCGUGGAGCUCUUGGAUCGAAUGCCGGAGCUGGAUCUGGUGUUGUGCACGUCGAUCGCGGCCGCGCACGCGAGGAGCGGCGAUUUCGAUAGAGCGAGAGAGUUCUUCAACCGGAUCAAAGAGCCCGACGCGUUCUCCUACGCCACCAUGAUCGCUGCGCAUGCCCAGGCCGGGAAGAUGGAGGAAGCCCAAGAGCUCUUCGAUCGAAUGCCCGAGUUUGGAGUGGUGGCGGCCACUGCCCUCGUCCAUGGCUACGCCGAGAGUGGCGAUCUCGAGGCCGCGAAGCUCGCCUUCGAUCGAAUGCCGGAGAAGAACAUUGUUUCCUGGACGACCAUCGUCUCCGCCUAUGCUCGAGCCGGUCUCAUCGAAGCCGCCGAGGAGUUCUUCGCGAGCUCGAUGAGCGAGCACGACACCACCUCGAGCAACGCGAUGCUGGCCGCGCUGACGCUCAACUCCUGCGUCGAUCGAGCCAAGGCGGUGUUUGAUGCGAUGCCGCUGCGCGACCUGGUGUCGUGGAACUCGAUCUGCGAGGCCUUCGCCGGGAGCAACCGAGUGGACGUCGCGGCGGAGAUCUUUCGCUCGAUGCCCGAGACCGAUGUGGUGUCCUGGACGACUCUCGUUGUGGCGUAUGCUCAGGCUGGUCAUAGCGCCGCUGCCUCGCUCGAGCUCUUCCACGCCAUGAAUCUCCACGGCCAGCUUCCAAACGCCGUCACCUUUGUGGGAAUCCUCACUGCUUGCAGCCGCAUUGGGAGCUUGCGUAUCGGUCUAGCCUGCUUUGCUUCGAUGGUCCACGACUUUGCGCUCGAGGUUUCUCCAGAGCACUGGUCUUGCCUUGUGGACAUGCUGGGAAGGUCGGGUCAGACGAGUGAUGCGCAAGAGGUGAUCAAAGACUUGCCUGCUGCUCGCGAGGAUCCCGUGGCGUGGACGGCGUUUCUGAGCUCUUGUAAAGACCAGGCGGAUUUCCAGCGGGGAGCUUUCGUUGCCCGAGAUGUGGUUGCUUCCGGUGUUGCGGACGGCGGGGCUUUCACGCUUGUUUCUAGCAUCUGCUUCACUUAG